CUCUCCGCCGGUCGCCUCCGGGGGUGGCGCGCUUCCUUGUGCUCCCAGCGGCGCUCGCCUUGCCCUUCGCAGCCACAGAGCCGCCCGCCGCCGCCGAGGACCUCCGCUGCAGCCGAAUCGGUGGGGCGGUCGCGCCGUCCUUGCCGGGUGAGGAGGCGGCCAUGGGGCGAUCGCUCGUCGCCCUGCUCCCGCUGCUGCUGGGCUGGAGCGCCGCGCUCGCCGUUCCUUCGGCGCGAAAUGGAUCCGUUCCCAAGCAUGAGGAGAUGUCACCACCAAGAUCCUUUCCGAUUUCAGUAGACAGAGAUUUUGAACUAGUUCCAUAUGAAGACAUUGACAAUGAAAAUGAUUUGGAACCUGGAUCAGGGUUUAUCAACCGAAGUAGAAAUUCAACCACGAUUGUAUAUAAUAUGUCUAAUGACACGAAGCAAUACUUGACUGGUAGAUGGCUGACCCUUUUUGUUCCUUCAGUCUACACCGUGGUCGUCAUAUUGAGUCUUCCUCUGAACAUCAUGGCAAUUCUUGUGUUCCUGAUAAAAUUGAAGGUGAAAAAACCAGCGGUAGUCUACAUGCUCCACCUGGCUUCUGCUGAUGUACUCUUUGUGAGUGUGCUUCCUUUUAAGAUUAUCUACCAUUACUCUGGAAACAACUGGGCAUUUGGACGUGAAAUGUGUGGUUUUGUCAUUGCUGCUUUCUACUGCAAUAUGUAUUGCUCCAUACUGCUGAUGACAGUGAUAAGCAUCGACCGCUUCCUGGCAGUGGUAUACCCGAUGCAGUCUCUGUCAUGGCGUACUGUAAGGCGUGCCUCUGUGGUGUGUGUAGCCAUCUGGCUUGUAGCCAUAGCUGGGGUGAUACCUCUGCUUAUCAAUGACCUAACACAGGAAGUACCUCAGUUAAACAUUACGACCUGUUAUGAUGUGCUGAAGAGAAAUUAUCUUGAAGAAUAUUACCUUAUAUUUUUUAUUGUUUUCUCUUCGCUUUUCUUUUUUGUGCCAUUAAUUGUUUGCUUUGUGUGCUAUGUGUGUAUCAUCUGGUGUCUUAGCUCUUCAGACAUUGCUGCAAAGCAAAGUAAAAAGAUACGGGCUUUACUCUUGUCCAUAGCUGUUUUCACAAUUUUUAUUAUGUGUUUUGGUCCAACAAAUGUUCUCCUGUUAGUCCAUUACAUCCAUUUUUCUUACAAAGACUAUGUUGGGAAUAUCUAUUUUGCUUAUCUUCUUUGUGUCUGUAUUAGCAGUAUAAGUUGCUGCAUUGAUCCUUUGAUUUAUUAUUAUGCCUCUUCUGAAUGUCAGCAACAAGUUAUCAACCUCUUGUGCUGCAAACAAAGCUCUGAAUCCAUUAGUAGCACCAGUGACCAUCUAAUGACUAGAAUCAGCCGAAGGGGAACUUGCACCAGUACAGUGAGUAACAGCAUUUACAGAAAGUUGUUAACAUAAUCUUUCAUGGACGAAUGCACAUUUUGAGCACUAACACUUUAUAGUACUCUGUUUCCAAGAUAGUGUGUUGAGAAAUAUUGGCAUGCAGAUAUUUUUCACAUGUUUCUUACCAUAAAACAGCAUUACGAGAGAGGUAGCAUGUGGGAAGAGGAAAGCGAGGACCCUAAUGAGGUGGAUAUAGUGUGUGCGGAUGGGUAUGCACUUCUACAUUCAUACUCUAUAUGCUUAGCAUCCCUCUGUGUCAACCUUGUUGGAAAGAGCCAGGUAACCACAGCAUUUAUUUUUAUUUUCAUCAUUUUGAUCCCAGUUAUUUUGAAGGAAACCUACUACUGUUUGCAUAGACUUGCCACCUUAUUGGCAUAACACGGGGGAACACAACCAUUUUGGCUCCUUUUUGGCAUACUCAGAAUCACAUCUAACACUUUUUCUCACAGGUAGAAACACACAACUGAAAUAUAAGAGACGAGUUUCUCUUGCUAGCACUAAUGGUAGCAAGGGAACAUCUUCUUUUGUCUGCUCUUUCAGCAGUGCCAAGAUACUAUUUCUAGGACUGUGUUAGGAAUCUUUCCAGGUGUAUGAAUCCAUAUUCAGAGGUUUCCCUGGGCAUUCACGGGGUGCUUGCUAGGAAUUGAGCCCCAAGUUCUGCACAAGCAUUACCCCUUUUCCGUGCCUGGUGCUUCACCUGCCAGCUGCACUGGGUAUGAAAGAAGGUUUGGCACCAAGAAUGGUGCCUGGCACAAUUGCUCACAGCAUCUCUCUUCUGUGUCCUACAGUCACCCUUUGGGCAGCUGCACCUGAUGAGGAAGAUUAGCAGUUGUGCAACUGGUAGUCCAUAAGCAUUCAUGGGCUUCCUCUUGACUCAGCUCAUGUUGCAGGACCAGACCAAGCAUGAGAGGAAGUAUCCAGCCGCCAGAGGGACAGAUUUUACAAGGGUUUGUCCCAAUCCUCAGCGACACCACAAUUUUUUCAUGGUGAAAGAGGUUGGCAGAUGACUCGAAACAGAUGACUAGAAACUGCCUGGUGAGCUGCUUGCUAUACUUUUUGAACCUCCGGCAUAGUGUUAUCCUGGAUCUAUUUUUGGUCAUCUUACAGAGUGCUAGGGUGCUGUGAACUGGUUUUGUGGUGGACUACUUCCCCAUCAGAAUCAACUAAGACUUAGUCCCUAGGGUGAGGUUUAUGCUUUCUCUGAGUACAAAAGUGUCCAGAAAAGAAAUUAUAGCUAUAUAAAAAUUACCAUGAAUUCAGAAUUAUACAUGUAUAUUUUUCACUUUGUGUGGAUAAUAUAAUGUAUGCUUCACUAAAUGAGAGAUGAAAAAUAACAGUCCUAUACACGUCUAUUUAGAUUUAGGAGCUAUUGCCUUCAGCUGGGCUUAUCUCAGUCCAGCAGCCUGAAAGUGAAAAAGAAAUAUCUGCUUAUAAUGUUAGAGAUGCUCACAAUAUGCUAAUAAUUUAUUGGGAUGUAUUGCAUUACUCUUUGAAAUUCAUUGUUUUUCCAUUGUUUACCAUUAAAAGUUACAUACCGCAAACCUGUGGUAUAUAAUAGUAUCUAGACCACCAUAGGAUUCUUCAGAUUCUGAUCUACAGAGUUGGAAAAUCACUCCAACCUCAGAACUGAGAAUCCUCAUUCAGAUCCCCCUUGCCUCCAUGCCAGCUGUUUCUUCAGGGUCACAAGACUGACCUCAGAGAAGGGCUUUUGGGAUUGUUACGAGGGGACUGGAGCAUAUGGCACAUUUUGACAGUAUUUCAGCUUUCCCACUCCAGUGGUGCAUUUAGCCAAAAUCAGUUAUUCAAGUGCUUUUCAGAGCAAGAGGAGCACAGACUUGGCCAUUGCCUCAAUGUUCUUUUCAUAAGUGCAGAAGGCCCAUAAUCCUCCAUGUUACAUAGUUACACUCAUCCCUUGUGCCCAAAGUGUGUUUAGUUGGUUUUGGUAAGGAAAGGAAUCUUUACAGAAGCAUCUUAAACUGACUCCCAUUGCCUUUCUUGUUGGUUGAACCAUACAUCAAAAUGUACUCUAUGUAAGAAGAUGUAGGUAUACUUUAUCAAGCUGCAUGUGUUCAUUUUUACAAAUGCAUAAACACUGAAAAUGUAUAUUUUUGCAGUCCUGUAAUAAUAUAUACUUCUGAGUUAACCAAAUACAUUUCUUUCACAUUUUGUUUUGUUCAACUAUAAUGCUGAAGCUUUUUAUCUUAUUCUCUUAUUUUUUGAAAACUGAAUUAAACUGAACUAAUAAUAAAUAUAUGACCUCUC